AUGAAGACCAAACGGACUCGACAUGUGUGUGUCCUUCUACCCAGCAAGCAGCACCUGGACUGCACUGUCGGGAUGAGGGCCACGGGGCACGAGGUGCUGACCAGCGUCCUGCAGCAGCUGGACGUCAGCGAUCUCCAAGUGUUUGGUCUGGCUGUUCUCAGAGAAAAUGAAUACCUCUUUUUGGAUUUGGACCAAAAACUGGGCAAGUACUUUGGCAAAAGAUGGAACAGGGGUUCCGUAAAGGUCCCAUUUAUCUUGUUUUUGAGGGUGCAGUUCUAUGUGGAAAGCGGGCUGCUGAUAUUGAGCAGCAAGGUGCAGCAGCUGUACUUCACGGAGCUGAGGCAGAAGGUGCUGCGUUCACAGAGCUGUCACCAGGAGGCUCUGUUCUUCCAGCUGGCAGCGUCUGCGCUCCAAGCCGAGGCCGGAGACCUGGAGCAGAGCGAGCAGGGCCCCGAGGGGCAGGGGGGGAGGACACGGGACAGAGGGCACAGGCAUUACUUUCUUCCGGAAGAUUACUUCCCCUCCUGGCUCAUAAAGCGCAGAGGACGGGCCUUUCUCCUCCAGCACGGCCCGGUGCUGCACGGCGAGCUGAGAGGUGUGUCACGCAGACACGCCAUCCUGCGGUUCAUAAAAGAGGUCGGCCGCCUACAGGACGGAGCCGUGACCUUCUACCGGAUGAGACAGGAGGUGGAUGGGAAGCAGUGUGCGUUGUUCGAUUUCUCCUGGGCUGACGUCGACCGCUUCACUUUCCAGGGCGACAGGUUUGAAAUCGCUCCAGUGGGCUCUGUGUUCCCUACCAAGCUCGUGUAUUACACACCUUCUGCCUUCCACUCCAAACACAUCCUGCGGCACCUGAGCGACAGCCACCGGCUGCACAUCAGCACCAGGGACGCAGUCAGCCACGUCCAACAGCUGGAAAACACGCAAGCCACUCACUCCUACAAAGAGGCCUACAUCUGUGACACAGCAGGCUUAAGACAGAAACUCUGCCAACAUGACCUCUCAUCCUCCAUGUCUGACUGCAGUGUUGUCUUGGAAACCAAAGAGGAUAGGGAGGAGAAUGGAGGCACUCCAUCAGAGGCUGAACCGUGGGAGGAGGAAACAGAAGAGGUUUUUGUGGAUGACCCAGCAGAGGUGUCUUGGCUGGCUGAGCUGCUCUACGGUGUGUCUGUGGAUGGACCUUUGGUGUUGCCCUCCUCUCACUGGACCGCUGUUACCAUGGAAAUGAAACAGGUUCUUUGGAGGAGAGCUGGUGAAGCAGAGUCUAUGGGCCAACAGCCAUAAAGAAGAGAGGAAUGAAAACAUGCGGCCAUGUCACUGAGUUUCAUUGAUUAUUAGCUCAAGAAAGAGUCGUUUUUAAACUUACGGUAGUUUUAAAGACCGGGAUUCGAACCGGCGACUCUAGUAGGUGGUGCGUUCAAGAUGAAGGAAAUGCGGAACUGUGUC